AUGUCUUUUUACGGUGGAAUAAAGUCAUACGAUAUCCAUACGUAUUACAAUUACGGCGACGAGGCUGAGCGCGAAUUCGCUUCCAGUCUGCGCGAUAGAGUUCUCGAGGAGUUUUCGCAAGAGAUCGAAGAUGGAAAGGUCAGAGUGCACAAAUUUUGGACUCAGCCAAUUGGCCCUCAUCCCACGGCAAUGUGGGAGUGUGACUUCAAUGAUAUCACAGUAUUCAACAAGAUUGUUCCCUGGUUCCAGCUUAACCAUGGAAAGCUAUCUGUGCUGAUACACCCAAGAAGCGACCUUGGAGAUCUCAAGGAUCACACCGACCAUGCCCUUUGGCUGGGCCACAAACAACGGUUAAUAACACAUAUACUUAAAUAA